AUGAAGCUGCCGCCACAUCGACCGGGUGUGGAUCAUGAAGUCAACCUGCAGCCUGACAAGAACGGCAACGAGCCACCCCUUCCAGGAUUCAUCCGAGCGAGUAGCUCAGCGGCUGCCGCGCCGGUGCUGUUCCGCGACCGAUACCCACUGCCCCUCAUCGCGGAGACCCUGCAGAAUCUGGCCAAGGCUAAGUGGUUCACCAAGUUUGGGCUCUACGAGUGGCUCGUGUGCCCUUUCGGCCUGAGCGGCGCCCCGGCAUCAUUCCAACGAUACAUGAACAGUGUAUUGCGCGAAUGGCUGGACGACUUUGUCACAGCGUACCUGGAUGAUGUACUGAUCUACUCGAGCGGUUCGAAGGCGGAUCAUGAGGCUAAGGUGCGACGAGUUCUCCAAGCACUCGCCGACGCUGGGCUGCACCUAGACCCAGCGAAGUGCGAGUUUUCGGUACAAGAGGUCAAAUACCUUGGGUUCAUCGUCAACGCAGGGAAAGGAAUCGCCUGCGACCCCGAAAAGCAGCGCGCCAUCCGCGAAUGGGAGGCCCCGACCACGGUGAAGGGUGUCAGAAGCUUUCUGGGCUUCGCCAACUAUUACCGGAUCUUCAUCCCCGACUAUGCCAAGAUCACGCAGUCUCUGGAUGCCCUGCUUAAGAAAGAACUGCCUUUCAUUGGGGACGAGCGGAGAACGAGGCGUUUCAGGAGCUGA